AUGCCUCAACAACACGCCUUUGAGGCCUUGUUGCUGGAGAACACAUCCGAACGCGACAAGCAAGCCCAUCACACCCCUUUCACCACCACCACCACCAACAACAACCCCAACCCCAACCGGCAACAUGUCCCGACCCGGUCCCGGCCCGGCUCCGUCCACGUCCACCCCUCGAGCCACGUCUACCUAGCGAAGUUCCAACACCUCAACUGCAGCUCAGACGGCUUCGGGCCGUGCAACGGCUUCGCGGCGCUCGACUUGAGCGACUACUUCACGCAGCAGCCGCGUUCCGCCCUCGUCGAGCUAGACGAGAACACCGACCCCGUGCGGCAGCCAUCGCUUCUCGAUGCCAUCCGCGACGCCGCGUUCCGGCACUUCUUGGCUUUCCACGGCGUAGAUCAGCAGCAGCAGCAGCAGCCUGCUUCGAUGCCGGACAACUUCUGGGACAUCUACGGCAACAAGAGCAGCGGUGGUGGCAUGGGCAGACCGCUCCACCAAAGCCGGCCCGCGCCUUCCCCCAUGAGAGCGGUCAGUCACACUCCGCACACCCUGCGCCACCAUGCCAGCACCACCAGCAUCACCUCAUCCACCACCACCAACACCAGCACGGCCGCCGUCGCCGGCAUCCAUCCGCGCAACCAGCAAGCCACUACCGCCACCACCACCACCAACACCACCAGACAGCCCCUCACCCUCGCCCAAGUAGUUUACGACAACAGCAACAGCAAGGUCAACAUGGUCGCGCAACCGCAGCUGGCCGAUGGGGAGCUGGCGCUCGUGCGCAACCGCGUCGCGAUCCACUUCGUGACAGACCCGCGGCUGAUGGGCGAGCGGCCCAACGACAUGAGCGCGGCCGAGAAGGACAAACUAAAGCCCAAGGUCUAUCAGGGAUUGUGA